GUGGGAGCUGCGUUUGUGCUUCCUGCUCUUCUGGGACAAGCAUGAGGUUGUUCAUUCUGUUGGCCUUCGUUGGCUUCAGCUUUGCCCAGCACAACCCUCACAUGAAGAAUGGCAGGACGGCCAUUGUUCACCUGUUUGAGUGGCGCUGGGCCGACAUCGCUGCAGAGUGUGAGCGCUUUUUGGGUCCUAAGGGCUUCGGUGGAGUUCAGAUUUCUCCUCCAAACGAUCACAUCAUUGUGAACAACCCCUGGAGACCCUGGUGGCAGAGAUACCAACCAAUCAGCUACAAGCUGUGCUCAAGAUCUGGCAGCGAGGCCGAGCUGCGCGACAUGAUCACCAGAUGCAACAAUGUUGGGGUCAACAUCUAUGUGGAUGCUGUCAUCAACCACAUGUGUGGAUCUGGUGGUGGAGAGGGAACCCACUCCUCAUGUGGAAGCUGGUUCAGCGCCGGAAGGAAGGAUUUCCCCAGCGUCCCCUAUUCCUCACUGGACUUCAACGACAACAAAUGCAAGACUGGCAGCGGUGAAAUCGAGAACUAUGGUGAUAAAUACCAGGUGCGCGACUGUCGUCUAGUUGGGCUCCUGGAUCUGGCCUUGGAGAAGGACUACGUCAGAGGUAAGGUGGUGGAUUACAUGAACAAGCUGAUUGACAUGGGCGUGGCUGGAUUCAGAGUGGACGCCAGCAAACACAUGUGGCCUGGAGACGUGUCUGUGGUCUAUGGUCGCCUGCACAACCUCAACACCAAGUGGUUCGCUGGUGAUUCCAAGCCCUUCAUCUACCAGGAGGUGAUUGAUCUGGGAGGUGAGGCCAUCUCAUACAAGGAGUACGUCCAUCUGGGACGAGUGACUGAGUUUAAAUAUGGAGCCAAACUGGGGAAUGUUUUCAGGAGAUGGAACAAUGAGAAGCUGUGUUACACCACGAACUGGGGAGAGGGAUGGGGCUUCAUGGCCGACGGCAACGCCCUCGUCUUUGUUGACAACCACGACAACCAGCGAGGCCACGGUGCCGGCGGUUCAUCCAUUCUCACCUUCUGGGACCCAAGGCUCUACAAGAUGGCCGUCGGCUACAUGCUGGCCCAUCCCUACGGUGUGGCCCGGGUGAUGUCCAGCUUCCGCUGGGACCGCGGCAGUUCGACCGGAACGGACCAGGGUCCACCCAGCAACAGCGACGGGUCCACGAAGCCGGUCCCCAUCAACUCUGACCAGACUUGUGGAGACGGAUGGGUGUGUGAGCACAGAUGGCGUCAGAUCACGAACAUGGUCGGUUUCCGUAACGUGGUCAACGGACAGCCUCACUCCAACUGGUGGGACAACCAGAGCAACCAGGUCGCCUUCGGACGCGGCAACCGUGGCUUCAUCGUCUUCAACAACGACGACUGGAACCUGGACGUCACCCUGAACACCGGCAUGCCCUCGGGAACCUACUGCGACAUCAUCUCUGGCCAGAAAGAAGGAAGCAGGUGCACUGGAAAGCAGAUCACCGUCGGAGGUGACGGUCGUGCCCAUUUCAGCAUCAGCAACUCUGAGGAGGAUCCGUUUGUUGCUAUUCAUGCUGAUUCCAAGCUGUAAACACAUCAUGUCCUGAAAUAAAUCAGAUUUUUGAGCACGAAAAGUG